AGGUGUACCUGUGUGAACAUCAGGAGGGGAGUUCAAAGAUGUCACCAUUUAGGAGUAGAUGUGGAUCCACAAAGAGGUCAAGAAACUCUUCCACUGUGAAACUUGAAAUAAAACUUCAAGAAUCUGAUGAUGAAUAUGAUCUUGUCAUUGAUGUGCCACCACUCACUGUUAAUAAAAAGCCAAGAAUAACUAGGAACUGUGAAAACUGUAAUAAGGAAGAAAAGCUGGCUGCUAUAAUAUGUGCAGAAAAACUGCAUGCUAGUGACAUAGCAAACAGUCCUUCCAAGUGUACGGUAGAAAAAUCAGAGGAAAUGGUCACUUUACAAAAGAAUGGCAGAGAUUUAAAUAAGUCUAAAAAACUAGAUGAUGUUUCUCCAGAAAUUAGUAAGAUAUAUUUGCCUGAUGUAAACAUCAAAAUACCAAAGGUUUCAGAUAAUCUUAAGGAGAAAAGAAAUGCCCUUGCUUAUUCCAAGGAAAAAUGUAUGUCUUCAGCUAUUUGUAUUGAAGCAGAUAUGCAGAAGGAAAUUCUGAAACAAAAGAAUGCAGAAACUAAUAUGCUGGUUGAAGCAUCUGUUCAGGGACAUAGCACCAAUGAAAACUGUCUGACUAGCAAAAGAGCAGCACAAUCUGUCUUGAACACUGACUACUCAUCAAAAGAUGAAACUGUAUUAGGAGAUUGUAAAGAAACAACAGUAAAUACAGGAAAAAUUCAGAGCAUAGAAGAAAAUAAAGGUAAUGAUAUUGUAGAAGAUACAUACCCUCAUCUGACUGAUUACUUAAAUGUAGGCAAGGAGGCUUGCCAUAAUACAGGUCUGACCAAAAGGAGUAAUAAAAAAAAUUUCGUUGAAACUGCAUGUGCAAACAAAGAAAGUGAAAUGACUGUAUUUAGUUCAUCUUCUGAGGAAAUGGAAUCUAGUGAAGGGGAUACGGAGCUCUCAGAAUCAGAUGAUCCUAUAGAAGAGUGUCGGAGAAUUUUCUAUGAAUUUGAAAGAGAAGCACAAAAUAAAGGUGAUAAGCAGGUCCUUGGAGGAAACAUGGAUCUAGAUUUAUUAGAAACAAAAGUGAAUGUUCCUGGACAAAAGAAAAGAAUUGCACACACUGCAAAAUUUGAGGUACAUACCAAAAAAGAAAUUGUGCCUUUCAGAGCAUCUUCUCCACAACAGGGUGAUAACAUGAGAAUCCAGCAGGAAGCAAUGUUGUUCACAGCUGCUGGUAAAAAUGAACAAGCUUUUGUUGCUACAACUUCUAGACAGAAGAAAACUACGUCUGAGUUGUCGACUACUGAAGUUCAAAGCAUAGGACCAAUGGGUAUGGCAACAUGAUCCA